UGACAGUGCUUCUUCAAAGGAGCCCGCUGCUGACAUAAAUGUGUAACAUGCAAGAUCUACUUGCUCUGUCGCAGGCUGCGCUGUGGUCUUGGAGAGCGUCACGAUGACGUUGUUGCUGUUAGCUUUGAGUGUCAUGCUGCUGUUUGCCGCAGGCGAAGCUCUCAACUGCCAUCGCUGCAUGCCAGCAUCAGCUGGCGAGGACUGCGAGCUCACGGUUGAGACGUGCAAACCAGGGAAAGAUGGCUGUGCCGCCGCCAAGUUCCAAAGGGAACCAUAUGGCCAUUACCAGAAAUGCAUGGCCAUGGCUGACUGCCAGAUGCUCCAAUUUAACAAUUUCAUCCGGAUGAAGUGCUGCGACAGUGAUAUGUGCAACACUUUUGAUGAAUAAAUAAAUAAAUUGCU